AUGCCGUCUCCUAAUGUAGCUCCUUCGUCGAGCUCCUCUGGAGCAGGAAAAACCCUACCUAGUUGGUUGCUCGCUGCCCAGUCAAGUGUCAGGGCAUUCGAGGAAACGCGGAAAGACCAGAACGCAAAAUUGCAUGAUCUUUCGCGAGCUCUAGCAGCAACCGGAACAGGUAGCAGUGUUGCUGGUGGGAGUGGGGGUGGACUGAAGAACGAUGCAACUGGACGAGGAGGUGAAGGCUCGUCUCCUAACGCAAGAAUGCAGCUGCAGACCAAUGGGACCACAGUUUAUGGACAAGAGAGAAAUGCCGCAUGUUGUGGCUGAUUCUUGAGACCAUUGGAUGAAAGGGGACGAGGUAUUUUUAGAUACUAUCUUCAAACAAAAACCGAAACAAUCAGUCACGACUACUUACAUCAAUAUUCUUCAUAUUUUCGACGCCGACGGUUCAGGAACAGCUAACCACUUGCCUGCGGACGUUCUAGUAGUCUGCUUCGGGUAUCUCACUGGCACCGAUAUAGCGCAGCGAUGUGCACCAGUAUGUAAGCUAUGGCGCGAGGCUGUGCACACAGCAGACGACUUAUGGCGCGAUGUCUUCAUCCGAGAUUUCUUCCAUAUUCCUAUGCGCAGUAAGGAGAUUCGAGAUAACAAGCAUAUGGCCACCAGCGUACCUAGCGGAAUCUGCAAUCUGUUUCCGCCAAUGGCUCAACUUAGACGGGCUCUCACUGCUGGAAGCGCAGCUGCGUCGUCGUCAUCAAGUGGAAGAUACGACAAAUGCAAAGCACCACGGAAGGAAGAUCCACUUCUCCGACCCGCUCUGCAAACCGCCCUACAACACUACCACAUACGUGAAGAUUCUCUCACGGAUGUAAGGGCCUUUCGCGACCACGGAGGAGGUAAUGGAGCCACCUGCUCCACCUGCUCCACAUCGGCCUCUACUAGUACAUCUUCUUCUACACAGCAUCUUCGUUCUUCUUCGCUUACUACGACUAGUAACUCUGUGUUGAAAAUGAAGGCCUCCCAUGAUGACCUCGUGCUUCAAGACACAACCACUCUAGGCGAUGUAAACAUCUACCUGUCGGCGUAUCGCAGUUGGAUUGAGCAUUUUCAGUCGCUGAAACAGUGUAGGAACACUGAGAAAACUGCGCGUAUCGAGCAGCUUCGAACCUUUCGAUGGUGUGCAGACUAUUUGCGCAUGUCCGCGAGCUCAGCGCGUGACCUCACCGAGUGGUUCUCAACGAUUUUAGAUCCGAUCGUUGAGGAUGAAACUAGAAAUGUUUCUAUUACAUGGGAGAAUGGCAACUGUUCCAACAUGGAACCGACAGACGAUUUGCGGCGAGCUACAGGUAGGAAAAUGCUCGUCGCAGUAGCUAGUCCAUCUUCCACUAAGAAACUUUACUGUUGAUGCUACAAAGGCUCUGCAAUUGGUAUUGGAAAGUGGUUGAAAUAUUUUGAAUUUGGAAAAAUAAUUUGAAGUUUGAAUUAAUUUAGAAAAAAAUUUUGAUUUUAUUCUAUUUGAAUCGAAUUCAAUUUAUUGAGGUUGAUUCUUCUGCAACUUGAACUUCAGAAUUUUCGACAUAGCCAAUGGAUUUUUGAGAGUCACCUAUGUAUCCACACAAAGUCAAUGUUGCAGCAUAUAGCCGAAAUAUCAGUAUCAGGAGAUGCAUUUCGCAUAUAGUUCGUAUAUUUUCAAGCUUUUAAUUUGACUUCGGAAGCCUAGAAGUUCAAAAUAUUAUUUUCAAGUUUGUUGAAUAUGAAUUUUCAAAAUUUUUGAUUUUAUUCACUAGCCCCCUGGAGAGGUUCCCAAGGGAGAGGAGUCGAAGGGAAGGCGAGACACUCGCUAGAGGGUGAACGUAGAGGGCACGCAAAGAAGUGCGCUAACUUUCAAAAUACUUUCAAAGUUCACGCCUUAACUUUCAAAAUUCAUGUCCUAACUUUCAAAAUUCAUGUCCUAACUUUCAAAAUUCAUGUCCUAACUUUCAAAAUUCAUGUCCUAACUUUCAAAAUUCAUGUCCUAACUUUCAAAAUUCAUGUCCUAACUUUCAAAAUUCAUGUCCUAACUUUCAAAAUUCAUGUCCUAACUUUCAAAAUUCAUGUCCUAACUUUCAAAAUUCAUGUCCUAACUUUCAAAAUUCAUGUCCUAACUUUCAAAAUUCAUGUCCUAACUUUCAAAAUUCAUGUCCUAACUUUCAAAAUUCAUGUCCUAACUUUCAAAAUUCAUGUCCUAACUUUCAAAAUUCAUGUCCUAACUUUCAAAAUUCAUGUCCUAACUUUCAAAAUUCAUGUCCUAACUUUCAAAAUUCAUGUCCUAACUUUCAAAAUUCAUGUCCUAACUUUCAAAAUUCAUGUCCUAACUUUCAAAAUUCAUGUCCUAACUUUCAAAAUUCAUGUCCUAACUUUCAAAAUUCAUGUCCUAACUUUCAAAAUUCAUGUCCUAACUUUCAAAAUUCAUGUCCUAACUUUCAAAAUUCAUGUCCUAACUUUCAAAAUUCAUGUCCUAACUUUCAAAAUUCAUGUCCUAACUUUCAAAAUUCAUGUCCUAACUUUCAAAAUUCAUGUCCUAACUUUCAAAAUUCAUGUCCUAACUUUCAAAAUUCAUGUCCUAACUUUCAAAAUUCAUGUCCUAACUUUCAAAAUUCAUGUCCUAACUUUCAAAAUUCAUGUCCUAACUUUCAAAAUUCAUGUCCUAACUUUCAAAAUUCAUGUCCUAACUUUCAAAAUUCAUGUCCUAACUUUCAAAAUUCAUGUCCUAACUUUCAAAAUUCAUGUCCUAACUUUCAAAAUUCAUGUCCUAACUUUCAAAAUUCAUGUCCUAACUUUCAAAAUUCAUGUCCUAACUUUCAAAAUUCAUGUCCUAACUUUCAAAAUUCAUGUCCUAACUUUCAAAAUUCAUGUCCUAACUUUCAAAAUUCAUGUCCUAACUUUCAAAAUUCAUGUCCUAACUUUCAAAAUUCAUGUCCUAACUUUCAAAAUUCAUGUCCUAACUUUCAAAAUUCAUGUCCUAACUUUCAAAAUUCAUGUCCUAACUUUCAAAAUUCAUGUCCUAACUUUCAAAAUUCAUGUCCUGACUUUCAAAAUUCAUGUCCUAACUUUCAAAAUUCAUGGCCUAACUAUCAAAAUUCAUGUCCUAACUUUCAAAAUUCAUGGCCUAACUAUCAAAAUUCAUGUCUUAACUUCGAAGGUUAGGGCCCAAAACGUAAGCGCCUAACUCAGAACGUAAAUUCAAAAUGUAAAUUCAAAAUUCAAAAUGUAAAUUCAAAAUUCAAAAUGUAAAUUCAAAAUAUAAAAAGAAAAAUCAAAAUUCAAAAUGUAAAUUCAAAAUUCAAAAUGUAAGUUCAAAAUGUAAAUUCAAAAUAUAAAAAGAAAAAUCAAAAUUCAAAAUGUAAAUUCAAAAUUCAAAAUGAGAAUUCAAAAUCAAAAAAGAAAAAUCAAAAUCAAAAAAGAGAAAUCAAAAUCAAAAAAGAGAAAUCAAAAUCAAAAAUAAGAAAAGAAAACCAAGGCAAAACUUUAUAAGUAAAUAGAUUUAUAUUGAAAUUCAUUUUCUGGCAAUCAUCCAGAAAAAAAUACGAUUUUUUUUUGUUGCUUACUUGUCUACAAGUCCGCCAACAUUUAUGUACGUGGCUUGAAUCGGGCUAGGGGCCCGAACCUACGAACUAAGAGAAGUACAGGGACGGGGCCUGCCUUGUAGAAAAGCCAGCGCGGGCUCACAGGGCCACCUAUCUAAGCGCACACUUACCGUGAUGGAUGUAGGAAGGAAAACACUAGCAGAAAUUUGAUAAACUAACCAACGAAAUCGUUCGGAAGCACCGAAUGCAAUAAAUUCUCUCAUAUUUAUUUUGAAUGGGUCCAUGCAUCAUAUAUCUACACUCGUUCAUGCUCAGAUAAUCGAUCUCCACGAGUUAAGCCGGUCGAUAUUUGCCAUCUCGAUUACAAUAUCUUUCCGGCGGCAUUGCAACGAAUUGUAAAGGCUGACAUUACAGCAGCAGAGGAUGGUGCGGUAAGUGACGACGAGAUGAUUAUGUCUGUCCACUUGUCAUCUCAAGAGAAGUGGCGGAUCUGUGAGGCAUGGAUCGAUCCAAAACGAGCCACUGCGUGGCAUACGGAACAAAGAGAAUCGCAGAUGGGUCUCUCGCAAAAGAGCCGUGGAGGAAGAUGUUAUUUAGGACUUGGUAGCGCUGAGCGUCACUACAUCUGCAAUGCCCUCGAGCAUGUUGAAAUCAAAACUACAGAGCAUGUUGCUCAGUACUUUCUUACAACAACUAGAGUAAAAUUCAAUCAAUGGGGAAUGCUAAGAAAGCAAGUCGUGAAAUUUCUAAGCCCAAACUUUCGCCUGCGAGACUCAAAUGGGCUCUACAGGGACGAAACGGAUGCGCUGCGUGUUGUGCAUCCAAGGCUCGUCAAUCCAUCGGAGGUUGGGCUGUCAUUUUGGGAGGACGAUGCUUUGCCGAAGUACGAUAUAUCCCCCGUGCCUUGGACAGUUUUCGAUAGGGCUACGUCAUCUUCUUCGUCGGCGUCGUCUUUCUCAUCUAAAGGACAAGCUCGGCGACACAACAAAUUUUCCAGUUUCUACACGCGAAUGCUGUACGUGAUAAAUGCGUUGGACUUGUGCUCAUUGUUUGACGAGUUCCGCGUGCAUAGUGGGCCUGAACUCAUAUGUAACGCGAACGAGUACGACGUGAUCACAGCCGCCACCGAUGUACUCACCACGCUGAAUCUCCAUCACCAACCUUUCUUCAAUUUUGUAACGAGACGCACGGAAUUGUUCUCGCUAGGAGAAGACCAAGACGAUAUUGAAGGCAUUCAUAUUGAAG